AUGAGCGAAACCAAUGUUGACAGCUUAGGGGACAGAAAUGACAUUUACUCCCAAAUAUUUGGUGUAGAAAGGAGGCCAGAUUCGUUCGCAACUUUUGAUAGUGAUUCGCACGGAGACAUAAGUUCUCAGCUGCUGCCUAAUAGAAUUGAAAAUAUCCAGAAUCUAAAUGUUCUACUUUCUGAAGACAUCGCUAGUGACAUCAUUCUCGCCAAGCAGAGGAGACGUUCUGGAGGCCAGGCCGCCAUCAAUGAUUCUGAUGUAACCAGUAGCGAAAUGAAGGGGAAAAGCUCGAAUUACAUUUUAUCGCAACAAACUAAUAUUAAGGAAGUUGCAGACACACAAAGUUUGUCAAGUGCUGAUAAUACGCCCAUUAGUAGUCCUAAAAAGGCAAGAGAAGCCACAUCUUCCCCUCCUAUUGUUCAUGCUAAAUCAAUGUCCCAUAUAUAUUCAACGAGUAAUAGUGCUAGUAGACAAGCCAAGCAUCAUAAUGACCAUCCUUUGCCUCCAAUGUCUCCAAGAAAUGAAGUUUACCAGAAAAAUAAAAGUACCACAGCUUUCGUGCCCAAGAGGAAACCUUCACUCCCGCAACUAGCACUUGCUGGUCUUAAGAAGCAGACCAGUUUUUCUACCGGAAGUACAUCAACUACCCCUACACAGGCUAGAAAAUCGCCUUUGCAAGGAUUUGGUUUCUUUUCGAGACCAAGUUCCAAAGACUUGCACCAACAGCACCAACACCCCCAGCAUAUUCAGCAUAAUAAUGUUAACAAUCAUAACAAUAGUAUUAAUAAUAAUGGCGCACAUUAUCCCGUGGGCAGUAAUAACAGUAAUUAUCCUCAACAUUCACAUUCUAUAUCGUCGAGAUCUAUGUCAUUAAACUCAUCCACUCUCAAAAAUAUUGCAUCAUCUUUUCAAUCGAAAAGUUCUAGCAGUAGAAAAGUUCCGCAAAAAUAUGAUAUAUCUUCCAACCCAUUUUCAGACCCUCAUCAUCAUCAUCAUUCUUCGAACGGUCACAAUAGUCUAAAUAAUGUCCACGCCUCUGUAAACUCUUCAAGUACCAUAGGAAGCUCGUCUAAUAUUGGUUUGGGCCUCAAAACGAGAGUUUCUUCAACGUCAUUAGCUCUAAAAAGAUACACAUCAGUUUCAGGAACUUCUCUAUCGUCGCCACGUAGAAGUAGCAUGACACCUUUGUCGGCAUCUAGGCCUGUUAUGAGCGCUUCAUCGAAGAAACCUCAAGUAUAUCCAGCUCUGUUGUCAAGAGUCGCCACAAAAUUUAAAAGUUCGAUACAACUCGGGGAACAUAAAAAGGAUGGAUUGGUUUAUCGUGACGCAUUUACAGGACAGCAGGCGGUUGAUGUCAUUUGUGCCAUCAUUAGAACCUCCGAUAGAAACUUAGCUUUGUUAUUCGGUAGAUCACUAGAUGCACAGAAAUUGUUCCAUGAUGUGGUAUACGAGCACAGAUUAAGAGAUUCUCCCCAUGAGGUUUACGAAUUUACGGAUAACUCAAGAUUUACAGGGACAGGUUCUACAAAUGCUCAUGAUCCACUGAUGCUACUUCCAAAUUCAUCGUCUUUUAAUUCGGGAAAUCAGUCAUACCCAAGUUCCGGAAUAGUUCCAUCAAGUUCAGCUUCCUCCUUGAAUAGUGACCAGGCAACUUUGACAGGGUCGAGGCUACAUAUGAGUAGUUCAAUGUCUCAUCAAAAGAAUCCUGCUGCCAUUCAUAACGUUAAUGGUGUGUUUACAUUAUUGGCAGAAUGUUAUUCCCCUACGUGCACAAGAGAUGCUUUGUGUUAUUCUAUUUCAUGUCCAAGACGUCUUGAGCAACAAGCAAGGUUAAAUCUGAAACCAAAUGGCGGGUUGAAGCGUAAUAUAUCAAUGGCAUUAGACGACGACGAAGAAGAAAAACCAUCUUGGACAAGUUCCGUAUCCAAAGAGGAUUGGGAAGACUUACCAAAAAAGGAAAUAAAAAGACAAGAAGCUAUUUAUGAAGUUUACAUUACAGAGAAGAACUUUGUAAAAUCACUAGAAAUUACGCGAGAUACAUUUAUGAAAACUUUGGCUGAAACAAAUAUUAUUUCUGCAGAUAUUAGAAAAAAUUUCAUCAAACAUGUUUUUGCACAUAUAAACGAUAUCUAUUCCGUGAAUAGACGCUUUUUGAAAGCUUUGACUGAUAGGCAAAAAAGUUCACCAGUUGUGAGAGGAAUUGGUGACAUAGUUUUAAGAUUCAUUCCAUUUUUUGAACCAUUUGUCUCAUAUGUCGCUUCAAGACCAUAUGCCAAAUAUUUAAUUGAAACCCAAAGAUCAGUUAAUCCCUAUUUUGCUAGAUUUGAUGACGAUAUGAUGAGUUCCUCCUUGCGACAUGGCAUUGAUUCGUUCUUAUCUCAAGGUGUUUCAAGACCGGGUAGAUAUAUGCUAUUGGUCAAGGAAAUCAUGAAAUCAACUGACCCUGAGAAGGACAAAAGUGAUUAUGAAGAUCUAAGUAAAGCCAUGGAUGCACUAAGGGAUUUUAUGAAAAGAAUUGACCAGGCAAGUGGUGCUGCGCAAGAUAGGCAUGAUGUGAAAUUAUUGAAGCAGAAGAUUCUUUUCAAAAACGAAUACGUUAAUUUGGGAUUAAAUGACGAAAAGAGAAAAAUUAAACAUGAAGGUAUACUAUCAAGGAAGGAGUUGUCGAAAUCGGACGGAACGGUUGUUGGCGAUAUACAAUUUUAUCUUCUAGAUAAUAUGCUCUUAUUCUUAAAGGCCAAAGCAGUUAAUAAAUGGCAUCAGCAUAAGGUAUUCCAAAGGCCCAUUCCACUACCAUUAUUAUUCGCAUGUCCGGGUGAAGAUAUGCCUGCGUUAAGGAAGUAUAUUGGAGACCAUCCGGAUUGUUCGGGAACUGUAAUUCAACCAGAAUACAAUACGAGUAAUCCUAAAAACGCAAUAACCUUCUUAUACUACGGUGCCAAGCAAAGGUAUCAAGUUACACUAUAUGCCGCGCAAUACGCUGGAUUACAAACGCUUUUGGAAAAAAUAAAGCAAGAGCAAGCAGCUAUUAUAAGCAAAACGGAAAUGUUUAACGUAACGAAAAUGAGCGAUAGGUUCUUCGACUACACCAACAAGAUUAACAGUGUUACUUCCUGUGAUGGGGGUAGAAAACUUUUAAUUGCUACCAACUCUGGAUUAUACAUGAGCAACAUUAAAAGACAGCAGAAUAAGGAUCAUAGACAUAAAAGCUCUGCUUUUUUUUCAACUCCAAUCCAACUAGUGCAAAGAAAUAACAUUACCCAAAUUGCGGUAUUGGAAGAAUUCAAGUCAAUCAUCCUUUUAAUUGAUAAAAAAUUAUACAGUUGUCCGCUGUCAUUGAUCGAAGCAGAAGGUAAUGGGACAUCUUUCUUCAAAAAGCAUCACAAGGAACUGAUCAAUCAUGUGAGCUUCUUCGCAGAAGGCGAUUGUAAUGGCAAGAGAUUAAUUGUGACUGCACACAGUUCAUCGCAUUCAAUUAAAUAUUUUGAGCACGAACAUCCAUUGUUGGCUGAAAAAAAUGGUAGUGGUGGCAGUAAUAAAAGAAGUCUCAAGAAAAAAAUUACUGAGGUUAUUUUUGAUUCUGAACCUGUUUCUAUUUCAUUUCUCAAGGCCAAUCUAUGCAUUGGUUGUAAAAAGGGUUUCCAAAUUGUUAGCAUUUCGCAGAAUGCUCAUGAAUCCUUGUUAGACCCGGCCGAUACAUCAUUAGAGUUCGCACUAAGGGAUACGUUGAAACCAAUGGCAAUUUACCGCGUGGGCAACAUGUUUUUGCUAUGUUAUACAGAAUUUGCUUUCUUCGUUAAUAAUCAGGGUUGGAGAAAGAAAGAAUCGCAUAUUAUUCAUUGGGAGGGUGAGCCUCAGAAAUUCGCAAUUUGGUACCCGUACAUCUUGGCGUUCGACAGCAACUUUAUUGAAAUCAGAAAGAUUGAGACUGGUGAAUUGAUUCGCUGCGUCCUUGCUGAUAAGAUUCGGCUUUUACAAACAAGCACACAAGAAAUACUGUACUGCUACGAGGACUAUCGGGGGUAUGAUACAGUUGCGUCGUUAGACUUUUGGGGUUAG